AUAACACAUAAUAAACAAACUUCUUCUAAAAGUCUUUCUUCAGAUUUUAAACACUAUGCUUGUCUCUUGGUGACCAAGAAAUUAAAGUUGUGAUCUUGAACAUGAAAUUAAUCAACAUUGAAUGAAUCACAUCAUAUUAUCAGUAACAAAAAUGCAACCUCCUUCUGCUCCAAACAAUGUACAACCACAGCAACAACAACAUCAACAACAACAGCAAUCAGCCAUUCCAAUCCAAACAACAAACAACAGAAGUGGAUUCAUGACAAGGCUUGUUGAAUACCUCUUCUUCUCUCACCUCAUCCUCAUCGCUGCACUACUCAUCUUCCUGGCAGCUCAAGGACUUCCCCGCCACCACCACCACUUUCGCCCCGCUCACUGGUAUCCUCCAUUGCUUGCUUCCACAGGAUCUGCUGCAAUUCUCUCUCUUCUAUCGCAAUGGAUCGCUGGCUGCAGCCCUUCCAAAGCUUUCAAGGCCACCUUCUGGCUGGCCCCGUUGUCCACUUGUGCUGUUGCUGUGCUUCUUAUAAACGUCGGUUCUGUAACUAGCCUUGUAGCAGGCGUGACUGCUCUGCUCUGUGCCUCCUUUCUCUCCCUCUAUGGCUGUUGGGUCAGCCCUCGUUUCUAUUAUGCCAUCCGGGUUUUAACGGUUUCUAAUGCUCCACCGCCUCUCAAGGGCAAAGCUACUUCAUUACUCACACUAUCAAUGCUCAUCGGUACUCUCUAUUCAUGUUUUUUGAUAAUCGGUAUUGGAGGAGCCAGAGCUGGUAAGAAUAACUUUGAAGCUUUGUACAUCUCCAUACUCCUGCUGAGUAUGGCCUGGACUAUGCAAGUCAUCAAAUACACAUUACUAGCUACAAUCACAAGAGUCAAGUACAUGUACCUGGCAGCUGGAAAUGAUGUUGAAACAAGCUUGGCAUUGCGUGAGACAGUCAAGCAGUUGAUGGGAAGCAUCUGUGCAGGGUCAUUCCUUGUCCCAAUUCUCGGUGGGGUGUGGAGUUCAGCUAGAGCCAUGAAAUUGGCUGCAGGGGACACUGGUGAAUUCCUUUUUUCAUGUGCUGACUGCUACGCAGGGUGUGCUUCCACGCUAGUGAUGUAUGGGAACCGAUGGGGCUUUGUUCAUGUUGGUGUAUACAACAAGGGGAUUAUGCAGGCUUCCAUAGAUGUUUGGGAGUUGUUUAGGAAGAUCGAAUUGGAACCUCUAAUCAAUUCAGAUCUGACCGGCUCAUUCUGCUUCCUUUCGGGUGUGGCAGUUGGGGCAACCUGCAGCUUGGUCGGCGGAAUAUGGGCAUUUGUAAUUCAUAAGAGCUAUGCAACAGAACUUACUCUCUUUGCUUUCUUCAUUGGUUACUUCAUGUUGACUUUUUCACUGUUGUUGCCGUGUCGGAUAGCCAUGGCGUGGCAACAAGCAUGCGUCACUGCAUACUAUGUUGCUUACGCAGAGAACCCGCAAAGCCCCCGAUUUGACAACACCAUUCCAGAUCGAAUUCAACGGCUGCGAAGACUUCAAGCCUAAAUGAUUUCACAAGCUAAGGAAGAACCCCUUCCUACUUCUGUACAUAUAUUGAAAUUUUGAGUUUUAAAAUACACAUAUAUACAUUUACAGAUUUAUUCUGUUGUUUUGAACAUUUUUUCCUGUUCAAGUAUUCAUUUUGUAUUAAGGAAGAGAUCUGAUUUAGCAUUCUGUAACACAGCUGUAAGAAACGAUACUCAAAUUUUUAUUUAAGUUUGUAGCCUCACAAUGCAAUAUUUUGUGUAGAUUUAUGCUUGUUCAAUAUACAGAACAGUAGAUACAAACCUAAACCGAGCAAUA